UCCCAAAGAUAAAAAACAUACUACUUGUUGAUAUUGACGGUUUACCGUUGUUGUUGAUUUGCUCGCAUCCUUACUUGUGUAGCAUGUCGCAAGAUGAUAGCCAAAACGUUUUUGCCCAUGAUUAUGAUGAUUUGAUUGAGGAUGAAUUUUGUGUGUCCGAGGGUGGGUCACCGAAUCGUUCUGACGAUGCUCAACAAGUGAGGGCUCGUCCUGUCGCCCCCACACAAUCUGUCCCUUCACAAAUUCUUUUGAAGAAAAGGAAAAUCCAAACGGACGACUCCACUUCGAGCAAGGUGAAAGAAACCUCGACGAGCAAAAGUAUCACGCCAAGUGGUGAUUACGUCGAGUUGGAUCCCAAAGGAGCUUUUGCCACUCCGGUUGAAAUAUCUCCCAAGGAGGAGGAGCAACUUGCAGAUUUGAUUGGAGAAGGGAUCCGUUACGAGGUUGACCGACGCCUGACUAACAUCGUUUCUUGUCAUUACAAGAAAUGGAUAGGUGUCCAUCUGGAUUCGCUGAAAGCUGGUAUGCGUAUCCCCCUUGAUCCUUUCCUUGUUGAUUUUGUGAAUUAUUAUGGCAUAGUUCCAAGCCAAGUGGCGCCAAAUGGUCAUCGUAUACUUGCGUGCUUCCCUCAAAUUUGUGCACGUCAUCAAGUUCCUUGCACGAUCGAUUUGUUCAACUUCCUCCAUCUUGUAAAGACUAUGGGGAAGAAUUGCCACCCCAGCUUCGUGAUCAUUCAAUGUCGCGGGUUGUUUGGAAAAGUUUCUGGUCUGCCUGAUAACAACCGUAAGUGGAGGGGGAAGUUUCUUCGAGUGUUUUUGAAAGACGGGGUGCCUUUCAAAAAUGAGUGGUCUCGUCGAAUGCGCAAGUGCGUGCUACCACCUGAGACUUUAGAGAUCAAGGAUGCAGUCGAGAAGAUUUCAUCGGAGUGCUAUUCUUGGGAUAAUUAUCACUCUCCAGAGGCAUUGGCUGCAGCUCAUCUACCCCCUCCGAUGUAUGGGGUUCAACGUCAGGUUGUCCCAGAUGGUCAUCUAGCAAUGGACCUUGACCCUGACCUUGAGGAAUUUGUAGGUGCUGGGGGGAAGUCGUCAUUCGGUAUUGAUCAGUCUCAAUCAUCGAAGAUCACUCUGAAAAGGAAGUCCGCACCAUCUGACCACCACGAGACCGACCAGUUACCCAUUGGACCCCCUCCGUCUAGUUCUUCUAUCGCUCCAGUUCCUUCUACGUCAUUGGGCAAGCGUUCCUGGUAG